CCCGCUCUUUGCUCUCAGCAGCAAGCUCCGUGCAGGUCGCCUAGCGACGGUGUAUCUGAUCCUGGAGAGGCGCGAGCUCUGGGGGCGCAGAGGGUGCGGGGUCUCGCCUGGCAGCGCCCGGGUGCCAUCCGCAUCGCAGCCAGAUGGGCAGCGGCUUCCCUGCCUGCUCCAUGGGCCGGGAAUGGGGGGAUGCUGCGGUGAUCGCUGUAGGCUUGUGGCAGGGCUGUAAACAGUAGCGUGUGGAGCAGUUUCUUUGAGCUUAUGAUUAUCCGAUGACUGUAGUUUACAGCCUCCCUUCGUGCCAGGACAGCUACCCCAUAUCGCCUUUCCUAGGUCACUGUCAGGAGAGGGAGUAGCCAGCGAAGUGUUUCUGGUCAUGAGAGUACAUCCAUCUGUAGUGUGGAAACUUCUAUGUCAACUGUCCUUUAUGAUCACAGUGCCAACAAGGACGAGUGGCACAUGCUAAGAAUGGAAACACUUUGGGUACAAACCAGUGCCUAUAGUUCUUGGAAGUUCUUCUCAGUUUUCACGACUCUGACAUGGCGAUCAUCAUACUAAACAGCAUCAGUUAUUUCUGCAAGAACAAUUUUAUCUGUGAUCGGUUGAGAAGGAUUGCGUGUCUGGAACAUCAAAGCCCCCACAAUGAAGCACUUCCUGAGAAUGUUUGUCCAGGUGUGCCUGUACUUCUACUGUAAAUGUUUGUGGCGCUGUCUGAAAUUUGUGGUGAGGAAAUUAACGGGACGAUGUGAAUUACAAAGGAUCUGUUACAAUAUCAAGCCUGGGGCCAGCAGAACUAUGAAGAUAGAGACAUCACUGAGGGGUUCAAAAAAUAAGCUGCUGCAAACUUCAGUAAGUGUUCAUCCAGAUGCCAUUGAAAAAACUAUAGAUGACAUCAUGGAACUGAAAAAGAUUAAUCCAGAUAUAAAUCCACAGUUAGGAGUAUCUCUUCAGGCCUGUCUCCUACAGAUUGUAGGGUACAGAAAUCUGAUUGCAGAGGUUGAAAAGCUGCGCAGAGAGUCAUAUGAUUCAGAGAAUCCCCAACAUGAAGAGAUGCUUCUAAAGUUAUGGAAAUGUUUGAAGCCUGAUUGCCCACUGGAAGCUCGGAUUUCGAAGCAGUGGUGUGAAAUUGGUUUCCAAGGAGACGAUCCUAAAACAGAUUUUAGAGGGAUGGGCCUCCUGGGAUUAUAUAACCUGUUAUAUUUUGCCGAACGGGAUGCUGCAGUAGCUCAGCAAGUUCUUUCUGAUUCUCUUCAGCCGAAAUACAGGGAAGUCACUAAAGAGGAGCUAAGCCAAUUCAGCAAAGCUGAAUGGGAGAAGAAAAAGUUUGAUAAGGCAAUUGGCUACUCUUUUGCUAUUGUUGGCAUUAACAUAACUGACCUUGCAUACAACCUGCUUGUGAGUGGUGCGCUGAAGACCCAUUUCUACAAUGUUGCUCCAGAGGCUCCGACGUUAUCCCAUUUCCAACAGACUUUCUGCUAUUUGGUGCAUGAAUUCCAUAAAUUCUGGAUUGAAGAAGAUCCACUGGACAUAAUGGAGUUUAACCGUGUGCGAGAGAAAUUUCACAAGCGAAUUUUAAAACAGCUCCAGAAUCCAGACAUGGCUCUGUGCCCUCACUUUGCUGCCUCAGAAAGCUUAAUCAACAUGUAGUCAUUCACUUGAUUUGAUUUGAGAACACUGCCUCACUCUUCUCUUAGGUCACACUUUAGAUUAUCACUAACAUAUUGAAUGACCAUGGCGAUUGUAUGCAUGCCUUUUGGUGCAGUAUUCAUCUAUUUUUGUCAUAAACAUUAGAUCCCCUUACACGUCUCUUUCCAGGGGAUUUCUCAUUAAAUGGGUGCUCAUAUUGCGGCAUUAUGCAGUGUUACGUUCUGAAUUCAUGUCCAGGUAUCAAGAGUUUUCUAUUUUUUUAGACCUUUUUUCCCAUAAUUCGGCAUUGAAGAACUGUAUUUCUCUAGCUGUGUUUUGUAUAUGUGGAAUAAUUAUCUGAAUCUUGUAUUGUGAAAGCCUUUUAACUUAUUGAUCUGUUUUGUGAUAACUACUGACAUUUCAAGCAAAGUACAUGUUUGGACUUCAUCUAGAAGAUAAUGUAUGUAACUUUAAUCUAAUGCAGAAAAACACAUUAAAGACCAAUUUUUUCCAUGCA